UACAUCAAAGCAAAAGGACUAAUGAGAACCUUCCGAUAACAUGAUAUCUCAGCUCAGCUUCAAGCAGGAAAUGACAGAACAUCGACGUCAUGGAGAUGGAGUGGGACGGUGCUAAAAAGACACAUUAUAACAUUUCGUGGCCCUGGAUGAUUUUGAAAGACGCUCUGCGAGGACCCACGAGACUUACAGUUGAGGGCCCAUUUGUUGAGCUGUGUUUAUGGAUCAUGUGAGUAAUAUAAACAGAAGGCACGUUUCGAGCUGAGUUGGCAAGAGGAGCCCACCUGUGUUUAAUCACAAAGACACGAUACAUGCAACUUCACACCGAUCCAGCUCCGAGGGCUGACGCGCAAAGUCUACAAGUGGGAAGGAUGAACUGAGAAGUCGCCCUUUGGACCCCCAAAACUUGCUCGUGGUGAGAAAAAGGUAUACCUAUGUUUAUAAGAUGACACUCAACACACAGAAAGAGGGAAAGCAACCACUGAGGAGAAGAGCGAGUACUCCCAUUCCCUCCUCUCGUCAAACAGGCCGGGGAGAAAGAGACCCCUCAGCUGACCCGUAUCACCAGCCGCUCGCCCAGUCAGCUUCGUACCACCCUGGGGACAAGAGUAUCCACUCACGGGCCAACUGGUCUUCAGACUCCGAGUCGGACAGCUCUGGAGCCGAGUGUCUUUAUCGUGUGGUGUUGUUGGGGGAUCACGGCGUGGGGAAGUCAAGCCUUGCCAACAUUUUUGCUGGAAUACAAGAGAAGGAUGCGCAUAAACACAUUGGAGAGGACACAUAUGAGAGAACCCUUACGGUCGAUGGGGAAGAGACAACCCUAGUUGUGAUGGACACAUGGGAAACAGAAAAACAGGAGGAAGAUGAGAAAUGGGUGCAGGAUUACUGCAUGCAGGUGGGCAAUGCUUACAUCAUUGUUUACUCCAUCACUGACCGCAGCAGCUUUGAGAGUGCAUCAGAGUUACGAAUCCAGUUGCGCCGCAUCCGGCAGGCUGAAAACAUUCCCAUCAUCCUUGUGGGAAACAAAAGUGACUUAGUGCGGUCUCGAGAGGUGGCAGUAGAAGAGGGUCGGGCUUGCGCGGUGGUAUUCGACUGCAAGUUCAUAGAAACCUCCGCCUCCCUCCACCACAACGUUCACGAGCUCUUUGAGGGCAUUGUGAGGCAGAUCCGACUGCGGCGAGACAGCAAAGAGAUCAAUGAGCGCCGACGCUCCAUCUACAAGCGAAAAGAGAGCAUCACCAAGAAAGCCAGACGCUUCCUAGAUCGACUUGUGGCCAAGAACAACAAGAAAAUGGCCCUGAAAGUGCGCUCCAAGUCCUGUCAUGACCUCGCAGUGUUAUGAACUCACAGAUCACUCACAGACCUUGAACUCUGGGUUUCUUUGUUUUCUGUUUGGAAGGCAAAAGAGGAGUUGUCUUUCUGAGAAGUCUUCUUUUAAGUUGAACAUUAAUUCACUUUUUUUGUUUGUUUUUAUUUAUUCAUUUGUCAAAAUCUAGCAUUAACAACCUUUUUACUUAUUCCUCUGAAAAUCUUGCAGUUUUGCUCAUUGUUCUAUGUCCCAAAGAUCAAUUUGUUGAUAGUUGUUUGAAUUAAACCAAAGGUUUAUUACUGUAUAUCACCAAUUAAGUGGACUUUGUUUUCUAAUGAACAUUUUAUCAAUGUUUGCCUUAUCAGACUGAAUAGAUAAUAGUUAGAAGUAACAAACAAGUAAUAUUUAUUAUUCAUUGUUUAUGUUUUUCCUUAAAAAAUGAUAGUUUCACCUUAUUGUUUUUUCUAACAUAAAAAGUAUUUUAUAUACACUGAAAGACUUUUGCUAUGAGAAAAUCACAGCCCAUUGGAAAUGCUUAAGGAGAGACAGCUGAGACCAAUGUUAUUUUUUUCUUAGAAGUUUACUCUAUUAAAGCGAAAAAUAUUAUGGACAUGUCAAUCAUCAUUUAAAAAGGGCAUGUGAAUAUCCUCCAUAAGCCUGUUACAGUUUAUUUGAAAGAGCUAGUUGGUCAGUAAACUCAGUAAAUAUUAUAAAGGUGUCAGCUAUUUUUGCAGGAAUAACAAAAAUAAUGGUUUAUAGGCUCUCAUGUAUUUCGUCUACUUUUUUGGCACUGGACAUAGAGGGGAAAAUGUUUUUUUGUACAACUUAAUGUUGUUGGUUUGUAAAUAUUUAUUUCCAAAAUUUGUAUAAUAAUAAAUGGCUUUGAAAUAUGUAAAUACAAUUAUGUUUUGCAUGGAAAUGCAGACAUAAUAACUUUCAGUGAUUUUUUUUAUUAAAACUUAA